AUGGCGAAAGAGGAGGAAUACGAUAAGUUACCGGACAAAGACGCUGCCAAAGAAUUCUACGCCAAGUACGAACCCAAAGAAAUUUUAGGAAGGGGUAUAUCCUCCACAGUACGAAGGUGCAUCGAGAAAGAAACCGGCAAAGAGUACGCAGCCAAAAUUAUAGAUUUAAGUUCGAGCGAUGGUUUGCACGACAUGUCUACGUUAGAGGCCACGAAACAAGAAGUAAACAUCUUGCGACACGUAGCCGGACAUCCAUACAUAAUCGAAUUGCAAGACGUCUUCCAAUCUUCCACUUUCAUCUUCCUGGUGUUCGAAUUGUGCAAGAACGGCGAGCUGUUUGACUAUCUGACUUCCGUGGUGGCCUUGUCCGAGAAGAAAACCCGCUACAUUAUGAAGCAGAUAUUAGAAGGGGUCCAACACGUUCAUUCUAUGAGAAUCGUCCAUCGUGAUUUGAAGCCGGAGAAUAUACUGUUGGACGAUAAUUUGAACGUGAAAAUUACCGAUUUCGGUUUUGCCAAAGUGCUGGAAAACGGGGAAACUCUACAAGAUUUGUGUGGAACUCCUGGUUAUUUAGCGCCCGAAACGUUGAGUUGUAAUAUGAUGGAAGAUUCUCCGGGAUAUUCGUUUGAAGUGGAUAUAUGGGCCUGUGGGGUUAUUAUGUAUACACUAUUGGUCGGUUGUCCACCUUUUUGGCAUAGAAAGCAAAUGGUGAUGUUGAGGAACAUAAUGGAAGGGAAAUAUACGUUUUCGUCGCCCGAAUGGGCCGACAUAUCGGAGGCUCCCAAAGAUUUGAUUAGAAAGUUGUUGGUGGUGGAUCCUAAGAAAAGGAUCGGCAUCAAAGAGGCCUUGGCUCAUCCGUUUUUCCAUACUGUCCUGUGGGAUCAGGAUAUAACGCCUUUGAAACGUUCUUUAAGAAUGAAUAGCAGACGAUUUAGUCGUAUUUCAGACAUGGCACUGAAACUGCAACAGACGAAAUUCAACCCUAAGCGAAAAUUCCAAUGGGCCAUGUUAGUGGUGAGAUCGAUGGUGAGGAUACAAAGGCUUCGAUUUACCCCCGAAGCCUUGAGCUUAGACAUUGCUAGGAACGAUCCCUAUCGCCUUAAAAUAUUAAGAAAGGUUGUCGAUGGCUGUGCCUUCCGAGUUUACGGGCAUUGGGUGAAAAAGGGCGAAGGGCAAAAUCGCGCGGCUCUCUUCGAAAAUACGCCCAAAACGGAAUUGAAACAUAUAUACGUGACGAAUCUUAGCCGAUAG